ACUAGAACACGAUAGAACCUUUUGCGAAUGGUUUAAGGGGGAAACGGUAGCUGCUAAUGCUACAGAAUCUACUUUUUCUAACUCUAACAUCUCAUUAUCAGUUGUGUGUUGUAUUGUUGUUCGUCGUUCGUCCAGCUCUGUGAGUUCUUGUCCAAUUUUAUCAUGGAGCAUCCCAGCAGUGGACAUGGGGGACUAUGGAACUGUCCACGAACGACCCAGUACAGCAAGGAAACUCAGGAAAUGCUGAAAUUGAUGAUGCAAGAGUCACGGCUUACCAACCUUCAACAGAGAAAACUCAGCAGUCAUCUGAGGAAGGGGGAGGCCCUUCCACUGGCCUGUAACCCUACCUCGUCGGCGCCUCCUCCUCAGCCAAAGCCGAAGGCCAUCAAGACCUCCACGUCCCUGUCGGCCAAGCAACUGAGACGGCAGGCUGAAGUGUGCAAAGCGGGAGACGGCUACAAGAGGGAGCUGUUCCGUCCCAGUGCAACAAGGGAUCUGGAGAAAGAGAAAAGGAGAUUGCAGAACAUUUUGUCAGGCAGCGAAGGGGACCCCAAACCUAGAGGGGUUAGGAGUCUCGCAAAGGGGAAGUCUGUAGACGAGGAGGAGAAGGAUAGAUUUCAAGAGGUUCUGGAGGAGAUUGAGGACAGGAAGCAAUUCUUAGAGGAGAUGAACUCACUUGGGAUGGGCUCCCAUUACCAACAUAUCAUCAACACCGAGAUCUCACAGAAAAUACGGGAGUUGGAGUUGAUUGACAAGGCUCGCAGUGCUUCCUUGCAGUCUCUCUUAAAAGAAGACAAGAGAGAGGAGAGCACCAGCAAUGACAAUCCCUCACUCUAAUGACGUGUUCGACAACAUCUUCUUCACCCAAACUGCCUUUUGUGGUUGUUGUCAUUGUUAUCUGAAGCUGAAAACUUCCCUCUCAAGUACAGUAUCAUGGAUCCAAUUCAAAACCUUUUGGUACAGGCAUUUAAAUGGACUGUUGAUGGUUACUCUUAAAAAAAGGGGAAAGACUUGA